GUAAAUCUAAAAUUUGCACCAAAGCACAAGAGUGGAGUUUGGAGUCACAAAUUUCCAAAACUGAAAAUGGGUUUGUUGACAGAUCCGAGGGCAGGAUCGGGGAAAAUAAUAAAAUUCUUAUUAAAAUGGCAACGAUCUCUUUGUUUUUUUCUUUAUGUAAGUGGAGUUGUUUGGAUAUUACUUCUUGCCUUACCUGCAUUUAAUGAUAAUACUUAUUUUUCUGAAAAUGCUUUAUUACCUGGAUUAGUUACAAAAGAGAGUAACUUAGAACAAACUGCGAAACAAUAUUAUUUGGAAUUAGUUCAUGAAAUGAAACAUUAUCCUGAUACAAUGCCGUAUGCUUGGAUAGCUGCAAAAUUAAAUCAACUUCAUUUGGAUGUUUUUAUACACAAUUUCUCAUUAAUAUAUCCCUUUCAAGAACAACAGUUUACGGGGCAAAAUAUAUAUGGAAUUAUAAGAGCUCCAAGAGCAGCCAGUACAGAAGCUGUUGUGGUUAGUGUUCCUUUUAGGUCGAUUAAUAGUAUUUAUUUGGAUACAGCACCUUCUGUUGCUCUUCUUCUUGCAUUUGCUAAAUUUUGUAGAAAACAGAAAUAUUGGGCAAAAGAUAUUAUAUUUCUAAUAACAGAGCAUGAACAAUUAGGUAUACAAGCAUGGUUAGAUGCGUAUCAUGGGGUUACUAGUGGUAGCAAAGGUGUACUUAUGGCUGGGGAUCUCUCUGGUCGUGCUGGUUCUAUUCAAGCUGCCAUUAAUUUAGAAUUACAUUCAAUGAAGAUUUCAUCUAUCGAUGUUAAAGUUGAAGGAUUAAAUGGACAAUUACCCAAUUUGGACCUUUUCAAUUUAGCACAAAAUAUGAUAGCAAAAGAAGGAAUCAGGCAGUCAGUUCAAAGGCGUUUUGAUGUUAAAUACAAAAACAAGAUUAAAAAUUGGUGGUAUCAUUUUAAUACACUUCUUAUGAUGAUUAGUACUCAAGCUACCGGUAUCCCCACUGGAAAUCAUGGACUCUUUCACAGAUUUGGCAUCGAAGCAAUUACUUUGGAAGGUUUUGAAAAGCCUGGACAACAAAAUUCUGAAAGAAAUUUUUAUCAAGUGGGUCGUAUUGUUGAAAGUAUAGUUCGAUCUUUAAAUAAUUUAUUGGAACGUUUUCAUCAGUCUUAUUUUUUCUAUUUACUUCCAUCAACUGAUACUUAUAUUUCUAUUGGACUUUACAUAAGGUCUUUAGUCCUGAUUAUUGCUGCAGUAUUUAUAAAAGCAUUUGCUAUGUGGCAAAAGCUUCAAAUAUUCACUUCUAAGGAAAAUAAGGAAAGCACUGUUAAGCAAUUAAAGAUAGAUGGAUUUGAUAUCGGAGCUAUUACUUCAGAAAUAUUAUGGGCACAUAUUUGUGGAGUUGUAAUUGCAACAUCUCCUAGUGCAGUUACAUAUUUUGGUAGAAAACUGUGGAAUUUACGCACAGAAGAUUCUAUAUAUUUUAGUUUUAUGGCAAUAACUAUUUUAACAUUAAUAUGGCCAUUCUAUUCGAAAAGGCAAAUGAAGUAUAAAAACGCAGCUUUAGUUUGUGUAAUUGCGUUAGUAGAGUUGGCCACUAUGUUGAUGUGUAUAGCAAUGCAUAAUUUUUCUCUGGCCCUUCUUGCUGCGGUAGUUUAUGUACCUGUAAUUCUACCAAUAACACCAAAAAAACAUUCAACUAACAAAUUCCGCAAAGUGAUAUCCUUUCUUUGGAUUCUACUACAUCCAUUUAUGAUCACAACUUUAAUCAUAAUGUGUUAUACAUAUGUACAUUUUUCUACUGAUCCUUUCCUCUCAAUUUUAUUCCGUGGAUAUCGUGCUACAAAGCAAGCAUUUGUUUACAGUAUUAUGGAUUCAAUGAUUUAUGGAAAUUGGUUUUACAAUGUAACAAUUUCUAUAAUGCUUCCUAUUUGGCUACUAUUUUGGAACAUUUUAUGUUCAAAUAACAUACAUGCUUAAUACAUUUAAAUAAAAUUUUUACCACGAUUA